AUGAAGUUGUUAUUAUUUGGAUUUAUCCCACUUGCAUUGUAUGCAAUUUUCAAUCAUUUAUUUUAUACAUGGUUACCAACCAACUACAGAUUUGAUAAACAAGUUUUGCAAACACUUGUUCAAGAAACUUUACAAGAUCAUCCGGAUGGAAAUGCCACUGCUAUCAUGAUUGAUUUGGCUCCAAAGAUUAAAGCUGAAUAUCCUGAUAUCAUCAACGAUUUAAAUUUUGAAGAUUGGUUUUAUAACAAUGCUGGUGGUGCCAUGGGUACUAUGUUUAUCUUGCAUGCUUCAAUUUCUGAAUAUUUGAUCUUUUUUGGUACUGCUAUUGGAACUGAAGGUCAUACUGGUGUUCAUUUUGCUGAUGAUUAUUUCACUAUCUUAACUGGUGAACAAAGAGCAGCUUAUGCUGGUGCAUUGGUUCCAGAAGUUUAUAAACCUGGUGAUCAGCAUCAUUUACCAAAAGGUCAUGUUAAACAAUAUGCCAUGCCUGGUGAAUCAUUCGCUUUGGAAUUGGCACAAGGUUGGAUUCCAGCUAUGUUGCCAUUUGGAUUAAUGGAUACCUUGAGUUCAACUAUGGAUUUCUAUACCUUUUAUUUGACUUCUUAUUUCACUGCCAAAGAUAUGAUUAAGAAUUUAUUGAAUGGUAAGUUUUAG